AUGAAACUUCUCUUCGCAUUAUUCGUUCUGGUCAAUCUGUUGGCGGUCGUUGACAGCGGAAAUAAUUCCUCUCCUAGUAAUGUAACACAAACACCUGCCGAAUCAUCAACAACCGCAGCAAGCGAAGCUGCUCAGACUUCAACUACUCUGUCAACGUCAACAACUGAGGUGAAAAGCACGACGUCAGCCACAAGUCCACCGACCUCCAGCACUACCUCAGCGACAACGUCAAGGCUCGAUAGUCGUCUGAUCGGAAGAGUCACGUUCGAUCUCACUCUUCCAUGCUCUGAAGAAGAUGAAUUUACCGAACAUUAG